CUCAUUCAGAUAUGUUCAGACCACUAGUAGUUCCACUAGAGUCUGUUGUCUCUCCUGCUCUCCAGUGCUCCAGUCUCUCGCGGGCUGUUGUCCGUGUUUGAUGUCCAUUUAUGAUGCCGUUUCUCGUAAAUAAAGUGAAAAAGAGGAGGAAAGUCGACGAUAUGGAAUAGAGUAAUAUUUUGCAGUUUCUCUUUCCAGAUCGUGAAAACUUGUAUAAAUCUUGUAAUUAACUCAUCGGUAAAAUACCGUAGAAUGUUAUAGGGAAGUAAAUCGGUAAAUGCGAAACGGAACGUCAGCUGCAAGGAAAGUGUUUUGACACAUUUUUCAGUGCCGUUAGUUCCAAACUCCAAACACAGAGAGCGAGAAUUUUUACGUGAAGAUUUGCCAGUGGACCAAAUAGAUUGCCUACUUGUGUAUCCAUACCCAACAAUGACUAUCUCUUGCACUACAUACGCGAUUUUCAUGGAAUUACAUUUUGUUUUGGGCUAACGUAAACAUUGGGUAAAAAAAAUUCUCCAUUAUGGGACAGCAAUGGAUACCGGGUCUAGAUGGUGGUCGUGGUGGUCGACGAUUUGUACUGACACUUGCUACAGGAAUGGUUUUCGGGUUUCUUUCGGCUUGCUUCCUUCUUGCAGCAACAAAUGAUGCUCCUCGCAUGUUUAACUGGAUCACUGGCAGCCCUGCGUUAUCUUCCAGAGAUCCUCAUCAUUACUCAGAGCUUGAAUCAGAGUCAGGCCCAGAAACGGAUGUAAAGUUUCACGGAGCUGAUGAAGAAUUUCACAAAGGGGAAGAUGAGGUUGCCCAAGAAAUGGCAAAGAAAAUUAGGGUUCUUUGCUGGGUAAUGACUGGUCCAAAGAACCAUCAAACUAAAGCUCGUCACGUGAAAGCUACUUGGGGUAAACGAUGUAACAUCCUGCUUUUCAUGAGCUCAGAAGCAGACACAAGCUUACCGACCGUAGUUCUUCCUGUUAAAGAAGGAAGAGACAAUCUGUGGGCAAAAACUAAAGAAGCUUUCAAAUAUGCAUAUGAGAAUUACAAAGACAAGGCCGACUGGUUCAUGAAAGCGGAUGAUGACACAUAUGUGAUUGUUGAAAAUCUCCGCUACAUGCUCCAGUCCUACAGUCCCGAAUCUCCCCUCUACUUUGGGUGCAGAUUCAAGCCGUUUGUUAAGCAAGGAUACAUGAGCGGAGGGGCAGGCUAUGUGCUCAGCCUAGAAGGACUGCGCAAGCUGGUUGAGGAUGGACUGACAGAUAAAAAGAAAUGCCGGGCAGACAAUGGUGGAGCGGAGGAUGUGGAGAUGGGAAAGUGCCUGGAUAAUAUUGGAGUUCGUGCAAUGGACACUCGGGAUCCACACGGACGUGGUAGAUUUUUUCCAUUCGUCCCUGAGCAUCACUUAAUUCCGAAUCAUGUUGAUAAAAAUUUUUGGUACUGGAAGUAUAUUUACUAUAAAACAAAUGACGGUCUGAAUUGCUGUUCAGACAGCGCAAUUUCAUUUCAUUAUGUAUCUCCCAACAUGAUGUACGUAUUGGAGUAUCUCAUUUAUCAUUUGAGACCGUAUGGCAUAUCUCACAAGGUUGAAAGUACCUUGUUAGUGCAUUCUAGUGCUACAUCUCAAUACUAGUCCAAAAUUAAUAUUAUUCUAUGUAAGAAGUUCUAAACAGGAAUUCUUGCCCGUGGUGUCCAGCAGUUUGGUAAAGUAAGGUCCUGAAAAGUUACAAGAGACGUCUCUUCACUUACUUGGUUUCAUGCGUAAUUAGGUGGUAUGUUACAUACAUCCACAGAACUACUUUCAUUUUUCACAAUUUUUAUCAUCACUUGCGUUAUUACUAAAUUUUUUUCGGAUUCGGGGUCACUUCAAAUUAGCUGGAAUUAAAAAAUUUGAGUUCCUACAAUUCCCAUUGUAA